AUGGCUGAUGUGAAAGCUUUGGAGCAUCCUACUUUGAAGGUGCCUUAUGAAAUUUUAAACAAGAAGUUUCGAACUGCACAAAAAACAUUAGACAGAGAAGCGUCCCAUGUCCAACAAACAGCCCUAGAAAUUGAACGAGAAAUUUCUGGUGAUAAUGUCCAAACAAGCGACAUUACAAAACUGUUGGGUGGUAUGGUAGAGAAGCUUCAAGUAUUAAAGAGGAAAGCUGAAGAAAGUAUUUCUGAAGAGCUUCAAGCAACUAAUGUUUGUAAAAAGAGAAUAGAACAUCUCAAGGAGCAUGCUACAAUGACUCCUCUAGGGACAAUGUCUGAAGGAGCUUUGAAUCAGUGGCGACGCAAAAGAUUAGAUCGUAUGGUUGUGGAAUAUUUUUUGAGAAAUGGCUACUAUAAUGCAGCCAUGAAGCUGGCAGAAAAGUCAGAAAUUAAGGAUUUAACUAAUAUAGAUAUAUUUUUAACAUCCCGUGAAGUUGAAAGAUCUUUGAUGAAUCAUGAAACAUCAAAGUGUCUUGCAUGGUGCCAUGAUAAUCGUUCUAAGUUGAGAAAAUUGAAAUCAAAUAUGGAAUUUAAUAUACGUAUACAAGAAUUUAUUGAACUUAUAAGGUCUGAUCACAGAAUAGAUGCAAUUAAGCAUGCCAGAAAACAUUUUCCCAGUUUUGAAGAAGAACAUUUGACCACUAUUCAGCAAGCUAUGGCCUUAUUAGCAUUUCCUGUCACUACGGUAAUUGAACCCUACAAAUGUCUUUUUGACAAAUCUAGAUGGGAUACUCUUAUAGAGGAAUUUAGACAAGAAAAUUAUAGAUUAUUCCAACUGGCCAGUCAAUCAGUUUUUACUGUUGCUCUUCAGGCUGGAUUGUCUUCAUUAAAGACACCUCAGUGUUACUCUAAUAACAGAGAAAAUCGCAAUCCAGGUUGUCCAGUUUGCAAUGAGUAUUUAAAUCAGUUGGCUGAACCUUUACCCUAUGCACACUGUUCCCAAUCAAGAUUAUAUUGUCACAUCAGUGGUCUUCCCAUGAAUGAGAAUAAUCAACCAAUGAUGUUACCAAAUGGAUAUAUUUAUGGUGAACAGGCUUUACAACAAAUGGCAAGGGAGAACGAUGGCCAAAUUAUCUGCCCUAAAACUAAAGAAAUGUUUUCCUUCAAGAAAGUUGAAAGAGUUUAUGUUAUGUAAAGUUAUACAUACAUAGGUUUUAAGAAUAACUGUUUUUGUUUUUGACAAGUCUAAUAAUUUUAGUAAUCAUAAUAUUAACAAUAUUAUAAGUUUUGUAUUUUUUUCCCUAUUUUUUGUGACUGAAUAAAAUAUGAAUGCUAAUGAGA